GUGGGGGAUGGACAAAGCCAUUUUUAUUCAUUAACUGGGAUGCAUUUCUCAGAUUAGCUAGGCUAGCGGAUGAUGGCUCCAAGUUGGGUGACCUGAGGUAGAAGAUGGCUGGCGGCUGGAGAGGGGGCACGCUGGCACAGGACAGGGAGAGGGCACUGGACUCAGAGGGGAAGGCCUCGCAGUCAGCAGCUCUGGGUGUGCCGGGUCCCACCCCCAGGGGCGGGGCCGGGCUGAGCCCCACCAGCCCCGGCUCCAUCCCUCCAGAACCCAGGCAGGGGCAGAGCCUGGGCAGCAGAGAGCCCGGGGCCCUGCUGUCCCCGGGUUGUGGAGGCACCAUGCCCUCACCGGCCGGGACACCAGACAGCACCAGAAGCCCUGCGGGCCUGCCUGCAGCAGCUCCCUGACACUCUUGAGGAAAGCCUAGACCGGGCCAGCAACACCUGUCCCCAACAGCCAUGCAUGCUGGCGGCUGCUCCAGGCCUCCCCCGUCCCCAGGCCCAAGAUGACACCCAACGGCACCAGGGAGGUGCCCAGCCCCAUCCCCGUGGGGGCCUUGGGGCUCUCCCUGGCCCUGGCAAGCCUCAUCGUCGCUGCUAACCUGCUCCUGGCCUUGGGCAUCGCCAGGGACCGGCACCUGCGCAGCCCACCCUCUGGCUGCUUCUUCCUGAGCCUGCUGCUGGCCGGGCUGCUCACCGGGCUGGCGCUGCCCGCGCUGCCCGGCCUCUGGAGCCAGAGCCGCCGGGGCUACUGGUCGUGCCUCUUCCUCUACUUGGCGCCCAACUUCUCCUUCCUCUCCCUGCUCGCCAACCUCCUGCUGGUGCACGGCGAACGCUACAUGGCGGUGCUGCGGCCCCUGCGGCCCCGCGGGAGCACGCGGCUGGCCCUGCUCCUCACCUGGGCUGGCCCCCUGCUCUUUGCCAGCCUGCCUGCUCUGGGCUGGAACCACUGGGCCCCCGGCGCCAACUGCAGCUCCCAGGCUGUCUUCCCAGCCCCCUACCUCUACCUCGAAGUCUACGGGCUCCUGCUGCCUGCCGUGGGGGCUGCCGCCCUUCUCUGCGCCCGCGUGUUGGCCACCGCCCACCGCCAGCUGCAGGACAUCCGCCGCCUGGAGCGGGCAGUGUGCCGCGGCGCGCCCUCAGCCCUGGCCCGGGCCCUUACCUGGAGGCAGGCGAGGGCGCAGGCCGGGGCCACGCUGCUCUUCGGGCUGUGCUGGGGGCCCUACGUGGCCACCCUGCUCCUCUCGGUCCUGGCCUACGAGCAGCGCCCGCCGCUGGGGCCCGGAACUCUGUUGUCCCUCAUCUCGCUGGGCAGCGCCAGUGCGGCAGCCGUGCCCGUGGCCAUGGGGCUGGGUGACCAGCGCUACACGGCCCCCUGGAGGGCGGCCGCCCAGAGGUGGCUUCAGGUGCUGCGGGGAAGAGCCUCCCAGAGCGGCCCCGGCCCUGGCACUGCCUACCACACCAGCAGCCAAAGCAGCGUGGACCUCGACUUGAACUAGGGGAAGGGCCUCCGCUCGCUCCUACGAAAAGCAGCCCGUCCAUCUCGGCCACCGCACCUAUCUCUUCUCAUCUCCUCUCUGUCCCCACGCCUCUGGAUCAGACACCUGCCCUGAUCUGACCCCACCCUGAUGGAAUAAAGCUCCUUCCACCCGG